AUGUUUGACCUGAGCUGGAAAUACUACAGAAAAUGGCACUAUUCCUGUAAAAACCAAAAGAACACUGAUUCAAUUCUAUCUAUCUAUCUAUCUAUCUAUCUAUCUAUCUAUCUAUCUAUCUAUCUAUCUCAUCCCUCUCAUCCCUCUCUCUUUUCUUCUUUUCUUUUUCUUUCAUUUAUCUAUUUUCUUUUCAUUCUUCUUUUUAUUAUUGUCUGUAUUUUCUUUUUCCUUUUUUUUCUCUGUUACUUUCUUGCUCAGUCAACUCAUUUCAUUCAUUCCUUCUUGUUCGCAUUCUCGUUUUCAUAUUUCUUUUUUCCUUUGUAUUUUAUUGUUUUCUAUUUUAUUUUUAUUUUUUUAUUAUUAUUUAGACCGCUUUCUUUUCCAUCUCAUUUCUUUCCAAUUUUAAUUUCUUUUUAUUUUUCAUUCAUUCUCUUUAUUUAUCCUUCUUUACUCACUCGUUCAUUUUCAUUAUUUAUAUUUUUAUUCUUUCGCUUUUUUAUUGCCCGUUUCAUUUUCUUCAUUUCAUUGUCCCUUCAAUCUUUUAUUUAUUUUGUUGCAUUUUACUUUCUUCUUUUAGCUAGUUAUCUUUCUGUCUUUCUGUUAUUUUUCUUUCUUUCUUUCCUAAAUAUCAUUUCCUUCUUUAUUUCUUUCUUGAUUUCUUCCUUUAAAAUUGUCCUCUCUAUCUCCCUUAAUUUUUCUUCUAUCUAUCUAUCUAUCUAUCUAUCUAUCUAUCUAUCUAUCUAUCUAUCUAUCUGUUUUCAUUCUUACAACUUAAUUACAUUUUUCCAUUUUUUUUACACUCUAAAUUUUCUUGUAUCUUUUUCUUGGCAUUCCAAAUCAUUUAUGUUCAUUUUUAUCCACCUUUAUUUUUCUAACAUUCUCGUCGUAUUUUCUUUAUUUUCAGUUAAUUUGCUUCUUUUACAAUUUUUUCUCUUUCCGUUUGUUUAA